GGAAGGGCUCUAGCUGUUGUAGUGAUACUUAACCACUUAUUCUUCUCCUGUAAUGGGAUUGUUUUUCACGAGAUUGGAGGUCAGACUUUUUACUCAGCACCAAACUCAGAAGGCAGAGAAGGCGUAGAGGAGGCCUUGUUCAGAGCUCAAGGUUUUGGAAGUGGAAUCCCAGUCAGACCAUAGGGAGCAGGGCCUUUGGGUCAGGAAUGUUUUGGAUCAGGUCACUCAGCAUGGCGAGGCCUGCGGGGUUCCUGCAGGUCCUCAGUGUGCUGAUGCUAGGCUGGGCGCUGGUGCAUUGCCAGGGGCAAUGGGAAGAUGAAGCAGAGGAAGAUGGAGUGGAGGAGACAGUGCCCCCUGCAGUGGUAGAGCCAGAUGUUACUCGCUGUCCAAAGAACUGCAACUGUAAAGUAGAAGGCGCGGUGGACUGUGCAGGGGUGGACCUCUCCCAGUUCCCCAGUGAUAUAUCUGAAACCACUCGCCAGCUGUCCCUGCAGAAUAACCAAAUCAAGGAAGUAACUGUUGAGCAACUUUCCAGACUCUACCUGCUGGAGACACUCAACCUGCAGAACAACCGUCUAACUUCACAAGGUCUUGAAGAUGAGGGAUUUGAAAUCCUCGAUCGACUGAGUUACUUGUACUUGGCGAACAACAAGCUCACCGCAGCUCCCAGGCUCCUCCCUUCAUCUCUGGUUAGUGCAGAUUUUGCAGCCAAUCAGCUCACCAAAGUGUAUCCCAACACUUUCGGCCAGAAGCCACGUCUGAAGUCAGUUUAUCUUCAUAACAACAAAUUGACUGAUGCUGGGCUUCCUGAGAACAUGUUCAAUGGUUCUAACUCCCUGGAGAUCCUGAUUAUGUCCAGCAACUUCCUCCGAUAUGUGCCGAAGAACCUGCCCUCUUCUAUCUACCGACUCCAUUUUAAGAAUAACAAACUGGAGAAGAUUCCUCAUGGGGCUUUCAACAGUCUUUCCCACCUGCGGGAACUGUACUUGCAGAACAACCUUCUUAGCAACGACGGCAUGGACAAUGAAACCUUCAGCCACCUGAGUAGCCUGGAGUACCUGGAUUUGUCCAACAACAACCUGAGCAUGGUGCCCAAGGGCCUCCCCCGAAGCCUGGUGCUGCUCCACCUGGAGAAGAACUCUAUUCGCAGCAUCACUGCGGACGUCCUCACCCCCAUACGAAACCUUGAGUAUCUGCUUCUGCACAACAACCAACUUCGCUCACGUAGCAUUCACCACAUGGCGUUCCAGGGUCUGAAGAAACUACACACCCUGCACAUGUACAACAACCAGCUAGAGAGAGUUCCGCGGGGGCUGCCCCGUCGCGCCAAGACCCUCAUGCUGCUGCACAAUAUGAUCUCUGAGAUCAACCGCAAUGACCUGGCCAUGCUGUACACCCUGACCGAGCUCAACCUCAGCUACAACAAGAUCACCAGCCCCCGCAUGCACAAGGAGGCCUUCCGUAAGCUCCGCUUGCUGGAGUCCCUGGACCUGUCCGGAAACAGUCUGCACAUUCUUCCUGUGGGCCUGCCAAAAAGCCUCCAUGUGCUGAAGGUGAAGGACAACCAGCUGAGCUCCGUAUCUGAGGGAGCCCUGGCGAGCAUGAGCAAGCUACGCGAGAUCAACCUCAGCAAUAAUCAGCUGAAACUCAGCUCCUUCUACCAGGGCGCCUGGCAGGGACUAAGUUCUCUUACCGUGUUGGACCUCUCAGGAAACCAACUGUCUCACGUACCUGUUGACCUUCCUGAGACCUUGGAGUACCUUUAUCUGCAAAGUAACCGCAUCAGCAGUGUCCCAGCAAGUGCAUUUGAGAGUACGCCCAACAUUAAGGGGAUCUUCCUCAGGUUUAACCGGCUGUCGGUGAAUGCGGUAGUAGAGAGUGCCUUUUCUCACCUAAAGAACCUGCAAGUCCUCGAUGUUGGUCCAACUUCCACCAGCCCUGCCCAUGAAGAUGACUUGGAGGAGGAAAAGGAGGAGGAGGAGGAAGAAGAGGAAGAAGUAGAGGAAUAUGGUCAGUAAGACCUCAAAGGAACAAAAGCUAUUAACGUGACCUGCAGCCAAACAACCUGUUGCACACUCUGCUCCAGACCUGCUCAUCCUUUCUCCGUGAAUAGAUUUCGGGGGAAAACAAACAAGAAAAGCCCUGAUACAUAAAACCCUUAACCCAUUUGUUUACACAUGCAAAAAUGUGAGAUUUUCAAGUUCAAGAUGAUUUGGUGCAGGAUACCAGAUAAUUAUUUUCUUGACUUACAGCUGCUAUUACAUGUCUUUGUUCAUGCAAAAAAAUGCAUGUUUCCACAAGUCAGCUUAAAUGCACCGCAACCAGGUCCCGGGGCUCCAUAGCAGCAUACAGCAGAACACACAUGUGGAUGGCUCUUGGGACCCUGGAGGUAAUCAAAGCAAGGUCAGAACUAUGACAAUCAAAGGAGGAAGGAUGAUAUAGCUGAUUUCAUAUGACUUGGGAUAGCAAAAUGUGUGAUGUGUGGAUGCCUGGAAGAGUCUGACCCCUGGGAUCCCGCCACGUUCAAAGUCUGAGAUGUCAAUUAACGAUUGGACAAAUGGGGACUGCUGAUGAUGGACUCUCUGAGGACAGAUAUCUUAUAGAUAUAGAGAUAUCUUUGAUGCAACAUCUUUGAUGUCAUUCUCUCCACAUCUUACUCCACAACAGAGCCCAUGUUAAAAGAACAGCGAGUACUGCUGGCCUGUCUGCUUUCUCACUUUGGCUUCAGUUUACUUGGCAGACAGACUGCUUGUGAGGCAACAAACUCUUCUUUUAACCCUACUCAGGAGCUUCUUCUUUGUUGCAAAUUACAUAUUCUAUGUUCAGUCUAAUGUUUUACAAGCAAGAUAAAAUGUAUAUGUAUUUUAACAGAGUCUGAAAACACUCAUGCUGCAAAUUUCACAAUAAUGCACCAUACAAAUGUAUUUUUGUGUAUCACACCCUGGCAAUUACUAGUAAAAUCUGUUGCACAGCAA